CAAAAAAAAAAAAUGAUGUCACCAGAAGAAGAAAAGGGACAAGUAAGUUCCUCAAUUGAUUCUGUCUCUGGUUCUUCUUCCGGAAGAGGUGUACCAACACCACUUCAUUCUCAUUCUCACUCCUCAAAUACAAACCCUGAUUCCAUGAACUCUGUUGAAAUGGUUACCUCUUUUCCCUCUCGCACCAUUUUCCUUGGUGUUGAUGUUGGUACUGGAAGUGCUCGUGCAGGUCUAUUUGAUGAUACUGGGAAGCUUCUAGGUUCAGCUAGUAGCCCCAUACAGAUAUGGAAGGAUCACGAUUGUGUUGAGCAAUCCUCUACAGAUAUCUGGCACGCAAUCUGUGCAGCAGUGAAAGCAGCGUGCUCUCUAGCAAAUGUUAGUGGUGACGAAGUAAGUGGUCUAGGAUUUGCGGCCACAUGUUCUCUAGUCGCCGUGGAUGCUGAUGGUUCUCCAGUGACGGUCUCUUUGAGUGGUGAUGCAAGACGUAACGUUAUAGUAUGGAUGGACCAUAGAGCCAUAAAGCAAGCCGAAAGGAUCAAUACCUGCAAUUCACCUGUAUUGCAGUAUUGUGGUGGGGCUCUAUCCCCUGAGAUGCAACCUCCAAAGCUUUUAUGGGUUAAAGAAAACUUGCAAGAAUCCUGGUCCAUGACAUUUAGGUGGAUGGAUUUGAGUGACUGGUUGUCAUACAGAGCAACAGGCGAUGAUACACGAAGUCUCUGCACCACAGUGUGCAAAUGGACAUAUCUUGGUCAUGCUCACAUGCAUCAGAUGAGUGAGAAAGAUUCCCGAGAUAUGGAAGCUUGUGGGUGGGAUGAUGACUUUUGGGAGGAGAUUGGCUUGGGUGACCUUGUAGAUGGACAUCAUGCUAAAAUCGGACGGAGUGUUGCUUUUCCUGGCCAUCCUCUAGGCGCUGGUCUGACUCGAGCUGCUGCUAAGGAGCUUGGACUUGUGGCAGGAAUUCCUGUUGGAACUUCGUUGAUUGAUGCUCAUGCUGGUGGUGUGGGUGUAUUGGAGAGCAGACCCAUAUCGGGGGAGAAUUAUAAAGAGGGUGACAAGGAAAAUAUAUGCCACCGGAUGGUGCUAGUCUGUGGUACAUCUACCUGCCAUAUGGCUGUGUCGGAAAGCAAACUGUUCAUUCCUGGGGUUUGGGGACCCUUCUGGUCAGCGAUGGUACCUGAAUACUGGCUCACUGAAGGUGGUCAAAGUGCAACUGGUGGUUUAUUAGAUUAUAUAAUUGAUAACCAUGUCGCUGCUCCUCUUCUUGCAAAUCGUGCCGCUUCUCGAAGUAUUUCCCUGAUGGAGCUACUGAACAAGAUAUUAGAAACACAGAUGAACGACUUGAAAGCCCCUUUUCUUUCUGCCUUGACUGAAGACUUGCAUGUUCUUCCCGACUAUCAUGGAAAUAGAUCUCCCAUGGCAGAUCCAAAAUCAAAAGGGAUAGUUAGUGGUUUAACUCUUGAUACCGGUGAGAAACAACUAGCACUUUUAUAUCUUGCCACAAUUCAGGGUAUUGCAUACGGAACACGGCAUAUUGUGGAACACUGCAACUCCCAUGGGCACAAAAUCGACACGCUACUUGCUUGUGGCGGACUCUCCAAAAACCACUUGUAUAUCCAAGAACAUGCUGACAUCACUGGAUGUCCUAUAAUUCUCCCUAGAGAAAAAGAAUCUGUGCUCUUGGGUGCUGCCAUUCUCGGUGCUGUUGCUGCAAAAAAGUAUUCUGGUCUGCAUGAUGCCAUGAAAGCUCUGAACGCCUCUGGUCAGAUUAUUCAUCCAUCUACAAACCCAAAUGUGAAGAAGUUCCAUGAUGCAAAAUACCGGGUUUUUAAGGAGUUAUAUGAGCAACAGCUGUCUCAUCGCUCGAUCAUGAAAGAAGCACUGUCAUAGGUCAAACUGUACAUUUGAUGACUAUGGUUGUUAGUAGGUUAAAUUUAUUAUUUUGUAAAUACAGCUCCUUGGAAUUUACCUUCUGGAUAUUGUCAAAUUUGCGAAUUGAUACUAUUUCCUAUAUGUUGCUUCCUGA